AUGCCCAUGUUCCCACCUAAUGCUGAUCCGGCGUAUCGAAGACACUUUACCGAAAAUAUUAAACAACACUUACCUCUCCCUAUGAUCGGAAACGAAUUUGUCAAGGUGUACACACGUUGUCGUUACUGGCCACGUUGUUCCAACCGAAAAUGCAAAUUCGUUCAUCCAGUUUACGAUUGCAAGUUUGACAAAGAUUGCCCAUAUGACACUCUUUGCGCGUUUCGCCACACUUCUGAUCCCGUUCCCGAUAAUUUGACUGGCUAUUACAGAGGACGUCGAAAGACUAAGGCGGCAGCCUUCAGUCCAAACAGCAAAAAUCCGCAAUCCAAUGACGAGUGCAUAAAUGAACACACUAAACCAGAGCCUGAAUCUUGGCCUGAGCCUGAACAAGAGACGAAGCCUGAACCCGAGAUCAUGGGUUCUGGCGCCAAUCUUGAAGUUGACCCCUUAACUCCAAAGCCCAGGACCAAAUUCAACCCGCGCUUGCUUUCUCCCAAGAUAGCGAAGAGAGCUCAGCCAAGGAAUACUGAAUCCAGCACGGAAGCCAGCUCGUUUAUCACUACGUCAACGGCAAAAAAUACUGAGUCUGUCAGCUUGGCAUUAAUGUUUCAAGACCACGAACUACCAGGCUGGCCAAUCGAACGCAACAAUUAUGCAUCCUCAUUUCCAAACUCCAUGUUCCUCUCUAAUUUCUUGGCACAAAAGCAAACACCUGCAUCAAGCUCUUUAAAUUUUCAAGAUUGCGGUACAUUGAUGUCUUGGACAACCUUGCAAGAAAAUAUGACCUUGGGACCAAAUCUGACGGUAGCCUCCAUGAAGAAGAUAUGGCAAGACAUUCCAAACAGCUACUCACGACGUGAAUUAGCUCGUUGA